AUGCCUAGGCCUUCAAGAGACUCUUAUGGUGACCAAAAACCCCCGUACUCUUAUAUAUCGUUAACGGCGAUGGCUAUAUGGAAUUCUCCCGAAAAAAUGCUUCCGUUAUCGGAAAUCUACAAGUUUAUCACUGAUAGAUUCCCGUACUAUAGGAAAAACACGCAACGGUGGCAGAAUUCUUUGAGACACAAUCUAUCGUUCAACGACUGCUUCAUCAAGAUACCCAGACAGCCCGAUCGGCCAGGCAAAGGAGCUUACUGGGCACUGCAUCCUGCCGCUUUUGACAUGUUCGUAAAUGGCUCGCUUCUGCGACGGAGAAAACGCUUCAAACUGCUCAAAAGCGAUAAAGAAAUCCUGGAAAAUGAACUAGCCGCGCUAACGAACAUUAACAGGAUAUUUUUCGCGCCGCCCAAUCCCGCUGCGGACAUCAAUCCUGCUGCCCAUCCGUCGGUUGUGGUCCCGCAAGCGUCUCCGCCUAAUAUAACGAAAACGCCGGACACAUCAGUCACCUGUAUAAGGCCUAAAAGAUCCUUUACUAUAGAAAGUUUAAUAUCUCCCGAUAAACCAAUAACCCCUGUUGUUCCUAGUGCUACACACGUGGUGCCUCACGUGCAUCCUUGGAUGGUCUCUUCCUGCUACGAUUUAGCGUUUACUAAUCCUAUGGCAUUGAUGCAACCAGCCGCAGCUCACUACGAAGCUUAUGGACUAGCUUCGGCCGAAGAAUUGUUUAGAGUUUCACAGUUAUAAUGUGAUAUUUAUGGACGAG